AGAUCCGGCAUAGGGGGCGGGCCUCGCGGAGCAUAGGAAGGGCGGGGACCCGGAUGUGUGUGGUGGCGGCGGCCGAAGAGCUACAGCGCGGAGCUGAGAGGCCUAUGGAUGAGGAGGACGCGGCGGCCCCGGUUUGUUCUCAUGAACAAGAUGGAUGACCUCAACUUGCACUACCGGUUUCUGAAUUGGAGAAGGAGGAUUCGGGAGAUUCGAGAGGUCCGGGCUUUCCGAUAUCAGGAGAGGUUCAAACAUAUCCUUGUGGAUGGUGACACUUUGAGUUACCAUGGAAAUUCUGGUGAAGUUGGCUGCUAUGUGGCGUCUCGACCCCUGACCAAGGACAGCAAUUAUUUUGAGGAUCUCCCUGUGCAGCCCUGGUUGCCCUGGGACUCUGCAUAUCUAUGUAGACCAGAUUGGCCUGGAACUAUCACCUGUCUCUGCCUCUGGAGUGCUGGGAUUAAGGAUGUAUCUAUUGUGGACAGUGGUGUCCGGGGCACCAUUGCUGUGGGGCUGGUCCCUCAGUACUACAGCUUGGAUCACCAGCCUGGCUGGUUGCCUGACUCUGUAGCCUACCAUGCUGAUGAUGGCAAACUGUACAAUGGCCGAGCCAAGGGCCGCCAGUUUGGCUCCAAGUGCAAUUCUGGGGACCGGAUUGGCUGUGGCAUUGAGCCUGUGUCCUUUGAUGUGCAGACUGCCCAGAUCUUCUUUACCAAAAAUGGGAAACGGGUGGGCUCCACCAUCAUGCCCAUGUCCCCAGAUGGGCUCUUCCCAGCAGUUGGUAUGCAUUCCCUGGGUGAGGAGGUAAGGCUGCACCUCAACGCUGAGCUGGGCCGUGAGGAUGACAGCGUCAUGAUGGUGGACAGUUAUGAAGAUGAAUGGGGCCGACUGCAUGAUGUCAGAGUCUGUGGGACUCUGCUGGAAUAUCUGGGGAAGGGCAAGAGUAUUGUGGACGUGGGGCUGGCCCAGGCCCGGCACCCACUCAGCACCCGUAGCCAUUACUUCGAGGUGGAGAUCGUGGACCCUGGAGAGAAAUGCUACAUCGCCUUGGGGCUGGCCAGGAAGGAUUAUCCCAAGAACAGGCACCCUGGCUGGAGCAGAGGGUCUGUGGCGUACCAUGCAGAUGAUGGGAAGAUCUUCCAUGGCAGUGGUGUGGGUGAUCCCUUUGGGCCACGCUGUUACAAAGGGGACAUUAUGGGCUGUGGAAUCAUGUUCCCCCGGGACUACAUUCUGGACAGUGAGGGGGACAGUGAUGACAGUUGUGACACAGUGAUCUUGUCCCCAACUGCCCGGGCUGUCCGGAACGUCCGAAAUGUCAUGUACCUGCACCAGGAAGGUGAAGAAGAGGAGGAGGAAGAGGAGGAGGAAGAGGAAGAGGAGAUAGAGCAGGAGCAUGAGGGCAAGAAGGUGGUGGUUUUCUUCACCCGGAAUGGCAAGAUCAUUGGGAAGAAGGAUGCCGUUGUGCCUUCUGGAGGCUUCUUUCCCACCAUUGGAAUGCUCAGUUGUGGGGAGAAGGUGAAAGUAGACCUGCACCCCUUAAGUGGCUAGAGGCUUCACCUGCACAUCUGCCCCUCUCCUUCUGCAGCCUCCCUCCAGUCUCCCUAGGAUUGCUCACAUCAGGCCCUGGGAGGACAUCACCCUUCCCCUACCAGCUCAGGGCCCAGUCAGGCUGGACCUUCUGUCCCUGGGCCUGAGCCUGUGGUGAUAGGGAUGGGUGGAGAACAGUGUUGAUAUAUGGGAAGGUCCCCCUUGCUUUGUCUGUGGGCACCUGGAUCUCCUUUUACCUUACUGGACCCUGUGAGAGUUGGGAGAUGUAAGCCCACCUGCUAUUGGACGGAGGGUGGAGUAGAGGCAGCCUGUCCCUGUUUCCACAUAAUUCCCCUGAAAUCUCUUUUCACCCAGUUGCUGCUGUCUUCCCUGGCUGGGCUAGGGGGCCUGUCUUGGCCAUCUCUCUUUCACUGGCUGCUGUCCUAAAUCACAUCUAGGGUCUCCAUUCUUUCCUUUGAGAGACAGCUCCGCCCCACACUCAAGCACCACAGAAAGCUGAGCCUGGCUCCCUUUCUGACCACAUACAGGUUGCUCAGCACCUGCGUGAGUGAGAGGCUGGCCGUGUGGUAGCAUGGGACUGUAGCUUUGUGCCCAUCUCCUUGUCUGCACUCUUCCUCAAGGCACCCUGGCCCUGGCUCCCGAGGUGGGGCUAAGGCACCAGGGCUUGUGUUGUGUUGAGGCUGUGCUCAGAGCUGCGGCGUGGCCCCUCGUGUCCUUCCCUGCCCACUCCCCAACCCUGUGCCCCAGCUUGCUGCUCGUGCCAGUUGACUGUUUGCUUCAGUGUUUGCUUCUAGUGUCUGCAUAGACCCCUCCCCUGCAACCAACCCCCUGUUUCUCCCCCCAUUUCAGGGGCUCUUGGUCUCAGUUUGCACAGUGGGUAGGACUGGGGGGAGUGUUGUUGUGCUGCUGGGGCUCCUCUGCCCCUUCUUCUGGGCCCUGCACUAUGAUGUAUGAAAUGUAUGUACAGACCAGAGAUGUUUAUACACCCAAUAAAGAUGGAGUUUCCAUAUUUA